GCUUAAGCAGAGUGAUGACAUAAACUAUACUCUGUAUGCAUACGCACAUACACAAAUGCUACGGGUAUUAUACGGUUAAACUGCGUAAAUACUACGCGCUAUCGGCGCUUUGAUAAAAUAACUUUUGUUUUUAUUAUUUCGCGACUGAUCAGGUGCAUUUCCAUCAAAUUAACACCUUAGCAUGUGCCAAACGGUCAUAAGUGAAUGAUUUCACAGAGUGCAAAGACUUGUGCGAUUGAGUGUAUGAGAAGAAAUUAAUUUUGCUUGAUAUCAUUUUCGCUUAUCGAAAAUUUAUUAAAUUCUGUACGAAUGCUGAACUUGGUGCUGUAGAGAGACAAUAAUAAUACGAGUAAUAAUAAACAAAAGUAAAAUUUCGAUGACUGUUUUGCGCUGUGGAAUCUAACUGCCGCUUGCCAUUUUAAUCUAAGCAAACGUGUUAAAGCAUCAACACGAAAUUCAAUCAACGACUACGUUAAAUAUCUGAAUAUCUAAAUAUAAAUACACACCUACAUAAAUUGCUUGUUAAUUGCAGUAACUGCUAAAAAGGCAAAACGUGUAGUGCACUGCAUAUUUGAUAUAGCAAAUCAGUGAGACAAAACUUAGCAGCGAUUACACCAAGGAAAAAAAGCACUGGUGUCUCUUGUGGAGUGAUUGCAUAAGCGAAAGUGCAACGAAAGCGGCAUGCGAUUGUUGCAGCUGACGUCAAUAACGGAAAAGGAACACCAAAUUUUGGGCUGCGCCAAAAGAGAAAGGCAUUUAUUUUAAGAAAGGAAUAAUUGAAGAAAAGCCAAAACCAAAAAAACAAAAGCAGAAAUUGCAAUUCGUGAUAGGAGAAAAUUAAAAAUUAAGCUAACAAAAUGGAGCAUUUGGAUUUGGCAGGUGUGAUCAAUACACCAGUAAUGUGGAAUAUGUCGGCAUUCGAUCAACAAGAUGCCAUUUACUUGUCCAAUUCGCGGCAAAUGCUCGAGCCAAUACUCGAAGAGACGUCGGAGGAUGAGGAACACGCGCAAAACAGUUGGAAUCAGUACGAGCAGAGCAGAGAACACUUCUGGAGUUCCGCGGAAUCGGAAACCGGUUCUGUCAUAAGAGUCGAAAUUAGCAAAGAUCCCGAUUCGAUUUCAGAGCGCGAUUUCGUCUGCCCUGCCAAACGUGCGCGCCGCUGCGACGAUUUCAUUAUCGGCGGUCAACUAUCCUCAGCCGCACAAUCGACUGCUCAACAGCCUUCGCAAGUGCAAGCCGCGUCGGGCACCAAUGAUGAUACUGUUCUGCUGCGGCGAACCCAACGCCCAAUCGAUACCAAUGAGGCAAACAGCAAUAGCUUAGAACGCUUUCUUGCCUAUGAGGCAUGCACGCGCGACAGUUGGGGCCAGCAAUCGCUGCAGGUACUGCCACAACGCAAUAGUACUGGCAGUCGACGCUUCGAUGAAUACUCCGACUCGGAUAGCAUUUCUUACCAUUCGCUUAGCCGCUCAUCCUCACUAAUACAGUUCGAGUCUUUGGAGCGACAGCUACAGCUGCAGGAGCAACACGCGAGCAUGUCCAGUUUAGGUAACUCAUCGCCCUCGUUGCUUAGUUUCGAUGACGCACGCAGCACUGGCGCCUUAAAUGGUGAGGACGGUGUGCGUAGUGGUGCUAAUAGCGGCAGCAAUUCGGGUAGUAAUAGUCGGCGCGGCUCACAAAGCUCACUGCUAAAGCGCUUUGAGUCGUCGGAUGGGCGGCUGCAUCAGACAUAUUUCGAUCUGGACAAAUUGAGUUUUGAUGAUGACCAGCGUGUGAUUUUUGGUGCUAAUAAAGCAAAUUUGAUGGAAGCGACUGUGGGCGAGGUAAAAUCUGAUUCGGAGUCAUCUACUAGCUCGGAUAGUUCUUCAGGCAACAGCAUUUUGACCGCAUCCAAACCAUCGGCCGAAGAUUUGACUGACUCGAGUAGCACGGCGUUCACGCGUGCCGGACGCAUCAUCGCCUUCCAACGUGCAGGCAAGAGUUCGGCGGAAAACCUCUCCGAAGACUCGGGCUACUGUGAGCCGUCGACGUUGCGGCGCACCAAAUCGAAAAGCAUACCAAACAAUUUCGAGAAAUUCUGCGAAGAGGAGGAGGAAUUCCAGCAGUACGACUACGCGUCGGAAAGGCAUGCGGUUGAGGACGUUGACAGUGUGACAAAAACAACACACCAACAGCAACAACAUUCCAAAAACAUCAUCAACAACCAUAACCACAUUAACAGCAAUAACAACAACAUACACGGUGAUGCCGCGUCCACAAAACAUUACGUCGUAGAGCAUGAUAUAUGUCAGCCAAAAAUAAAUGACGCCACAUUCGUCGUAGCCACGGACGACGAAACAGCAUUGAAUGCGCCAACCACGCCGCCGCCACUGCCAACAUCUUCACUGCCACCAGCGAUCAACCGAGAAGGAGGGGAGCAUGCAGAAAUGGACGACAGCGAAGGCGAUGUCGGCCAUGUAGAGGAAUGCGACGAGGAGCAUGAUGUAGAUACAGAAGCUUUUGGUUCGCGCCAUGUAUCGGCGUGUCCACGCUACGAACGCGUUAAAAAUAGCCCAACGCGAGAGGCGGCCACUGCCUGUUUGCUGCUCGAACAGCGGCGCUCGUUAGCCCACUCGCCUUCGCCUGUGGCGUCCGAUGUCUCUUCAUCGUCAGCGUCAUCGGCGUCGUCGGGCAGCAGUUGCGGCACAACGCGAUCCUCCACCUCGGCAUCAACAUGCGCCUCUGCCGCCUCAUUCACAUGGCUACCAACACCGAAACAGUUGCAACUGCAACAACACCAACUACAAUUACAAUUAGAACGAACGCAACGGCAAACGUCAGCAUCCGCCAAGUUAGAGCUAUUAGCAGCGCAACAGCGUUCGACUCUCGAGAAUUUUUGUGCGAGUCUACGAAACAGUUUGCCAGACAUACGCGACGCGUUAGGUACUAUAACCUGCAAUACUGUUAUCGAAACAAAUUUUCCCAUAUUGUCUGAGAAACACAACGGCAGCGACGUGAGCGACGCAAACGGCCACGGACUGGAGCAUUUACGGAGUGAAACGAAAACACCAGAACGUGAACGCAUAGAUACCGAACGGUCAGACGGCAGCACAAGGAGGCCAACGCACAAUUUAGACGAUUCAGACUUUAGUACAACAUCGCCAUCGGCCUCAGCAUCGGCGCGCGAAAGCCACAGUGACGAAACGGACAACGAGUCUACACCUGAGGCUAGGAAAAGACAGCGCGUCUACAACAACGGUAGUGGUGGUGGUAGUGGUGUGCCUGAAAGUAGCAGUGUUGGUGGCUUUAGUGGUUACGUCAGUAGCGGACGGCGCAUUUCGAGUGUGCCAAGUGAACUGAAUAAAUUAGGACGCAAAAAGCGUGUGAGUACGCGUUAUAGACACAGCAAAUCGUCACCUGAAGAGGACGCUGCGACCGAGACUAGUCCCAGCAAUUCCAGUGCAGACGAAGCAGAGGACGAGGACUUCUUCGACCCCGCAGCAUCAUUCAAAAUACGACGUAGCUGUAGUUGGUCAGAACGACGCGAACGUAAUUUGCAGCGCUUCGAGGCGGCGUUUGGCAGUAGAGCGCAACGGGAAGGUAGCAGGUCUUGGGUCACACAGUCGCUGGGCUAUAUGAAUGCCAGCUAUCAGGACUUAACACAGUUGGAUUAUUCGGGCAAACAGCUGGAAGGAGGAAUACAGCAACAGUCCAAUUUGAAGCGUUGUAGCGAUUACGUAGCAAGCGACUGCGACCGCGACACCGGCAGCGACGACAUGGACACGCCCAAGAGCACGGCCACCGCUGACUAUGAGAAUAUAAUUUGCAAGGGUAAUUUCUUGCUCGAUGAACUGUCACAAAUAUACGAUCGCAAUGCUUCGAUUUUGAACGAUAAGCCGAUCGGCGCCGAAGAGCAAUUGCUUUUACCUAAAACAGACGAUAUCGUGGAUCGUCCAAGCUGCAGUCCGCGCGCACCUCCUCGUCAGCGCAAGCACUCCAACUCGAGUUAUUCAGAUUUGGACAGUGUUGGUGGUAGUGUCGGUUGCGCCGACGAGCAGGUAGUUGGACCGACAGCACAGCAUGUGCAAUUGACGAUACGCAAACCGCCCGCGCGUCAAAAGCACGCUCGCAAAUCGGAGGCAACACACAGUUUAAUUAGUGACGCGCAACUAUUCGCAAGUGAGACGACCACCACAAAUACGUCAACUAUGGCCCACAGCAAAACUUUCGACCAGGAUCCAACCAAUUUGCACACCAGUUACACACAAAGUCUAGAGAAGUGCAAUUUCGAUCCGAAGGAGCUGAGCAACACAGAACUAAACAAGUCGAAUUCAAUACCAAAGCGACGUUUCCACUCCCAAACGAAUACAACGAAGCAGCGCAAUAUGGUAUCCAGCACGCCCAACUUAAAUGCCUACGAUCCACAUGCGGAUGAAGUAGAGGACGACAUGUACGUGUCCAGCGCGCACACUUCAAUGCAUCAACUGCCGCAGGCCACAGCACAAAAGCCUCUUGGCAUACUGCUGCCCGCAGGAUCGCGUACUUCAUUCAGCAAAGAGGUCAGUUUCUGUCCGGUCGUAUCGCAAUACUCUUGGCAGGAGCAAUCCUCUGAGGAAUACGCUGAGCAACAUCAACAUCAGCAGCAGCAAAGUGCGAAUGCGCCGACAGACGAGCAACAGGAAGAUACGGACGAUGAGUUGCUGGACAAUGCGGACGCCACAGUCAUACAGAAUACGCGCGUGAACGAAAUGAUUGCGGCGCGCUAUGCAGUUGAACUUAAGAAUGCGCUCACAGUGGGCAACGCUAGCAAGAGUGUGGCACAAAUAAGAGCGGUGCCUAUUGAAAAAGUAAGAGCGUUGAUUAUCGUCAAAGAGCGCCAAGCCGCCGAAGAGCGCGCGCGAGAACGCGCACGUUUGCAAGAGCGCGAGCAGCUAGAAGAGAGUGCACAACACACAGAGAGUGCGGAAAAAACAAUGCACAAAGUCAUUGACUACAGCGCUGAAACAAAGGGAGAAGCAUUAAAACUCGACUCAAACGCUCCAGCCGACGUUGCUGCUACUGCUACUGCUGUUGGCUACAACGAAACAGUGGACGCUGAAACAGUGAAUGUUAGUCACAAAUCGACGAUUAUUGAUGCAACAACUAAUUUUAUAAAAGCGGAGCAAACGACGGUCGUGGAAGAAGAAGCAAACAACGAAAUCAACAACGACGCGCAAACCAAUCGGAAUAGUAGUUUUAGCGGUGCGAGCUGGAGUGGUGCUAGUUUUAAUGAUAACGCCAGCAAUAGUAAUAGCGCCGCCAGUGGUAAAGAACAAACGCGUCCGCUCAGCAUACACCUGCCGAUACUGAGUGAGCCGCCCACAAAUCGCGCGCAUCAUAUUUUAUACGCGUCUCAGCAACUGCUCGACAAUUUCGAGCGCCGUGAAAGUGAGCAAUAUUACAAUCAAAAUAACGUUAAUAAGUGUGAAAGUGCUUUAGGGGGUAGUGAGGGCGUGGCCGAUAGGCGUACCAAAAGUGUUGGCAAUUUGAGUGUUGCACAAACAACGCGUUACAGAAUGUCUAACGCAACAGUGGGUAUGGGUGGCCAAAGCGGCAGCGGCAGCGGCACUGCGGCGGCAAACAAUAACAAUGAUUUACUAAAUAAGAAGUUCAAGGACGAAAAACAUCCCAGCUCGAAGGGCUUUCUGUCGCGUUUCGCGCAUGGCUUACGCUUCUCAUUGAGGCGUAAAAACAAAAAGCAAUUGCAACAGCAGCAGCAGCAACAACAACAACAGCAUGAACAGCAGGUCAGUGAUCAGAAUGGCAUGACGGCAGCAGCGGAUAAAUCUACAAUGCGUAAAAGUUUCGGUAAGUCAGCAACAUUGCCUCAACUAAAACAACAACAACAACAACGGCAAGCAUCUGUACAACAGUUGUCCACUACGCCAAAUAAAGCUAAACGUACUUCCGCUCAGAGCGGAGCAGAUUAUAUUUACAUACCGUUAAAAGGUCCUAUACCACCAGCAGGUACACAACCACCACCACCAUCAGCAACGGUUUCCGCGAAUGGCGGUAAUUCCGCUACACUACCAGCCAACUUCAGUCCAGCUGAUGCACAAAUUGGCGCCAAAGGCCAACAAACGGCGACUCCAAAUAAUAACAACAGCGCCACCAACACCAACACCAACAGCUCCGCUAUCAACUCGAACAGAAGCGGCAGCGACAAAAGUGAUAUGCGUGCCAUCACAGACAAAAACGGUGAACCGCUCGUUACCGGCAAACCGCCGAAGCCCUAUCGCUACGGCACAAUACCGUCCACCACCUCCAGCACAACGAUUAUUACUAAAUAUUUUGGUAGUGGCCGGCGACAGGGCGGUGGCGGUGUACCGGCACAUGCGCACAAGGACGGUAAUGGCAAGGCAAAUGCAACCAACUUCAAGUCGCGUAGUCAAUUCUACACUGAUUUCCUCGAUGCCGAACGGUCGUACUACGAUGACGAAGAAAUCGAAAAACAGUUAGAUGCGGGCUUGCAAGCGAACGAUAACGCCGUCACAACAACGCCCAACGACGCGCCCGCUAACGCGAAUGACUCGAACGUAUCGGAAAUAGCGCUACAACAACAGCAAACGCUAAAUCAAGAAAACUUACGCGAAACAGAUAAUUCGAGUGAAUCAGCGAGCGUCAUAGUGGAAUACGAAACUCCUUCACGGGCACAACAAUCGGCUCAAGUCGCUUAUUCCUUGCCGGGUGUUACACGCGAAACAGUUAUGUUGUUAACCACCGGCACAACCGGUUCCGGUGUGACGGUCGGCGCUAAUGGCAGCGAUAGUAACGCGCGCGUUGUCGCCCCCACCUACACAACCAUGUCGAAUGCGUAUUUGCAACAUACCAAUAAUAACAACAAAAUCGGCUUAAUCGAAACAAAUUUGGAUACGCAUGAAACGGUUAUAUCGGGCAAAACGCGUUCGCUGGUGGACAUCGUCGGUCCACAGCAGCAUCAACAACAAUACGGUGUUGUUGGUGGCGGCGGUAUCGGUGCGGGUGGCGUUGCAAAGCGGUUGAAUAUGAGCGCGGCUUGUGGUGGCAAUGUAGAUUUGGACGACGAUUUGGAUGAGGAUGAUGUGCGUGUUUAUGGUCACGAUGUUGGUGGUAGGGGUGGUGCUGUUGUCAUCAAAUCAACAACCGCGAAUGGCAGUCAAAUUGCAUCGGUGCGACGUCCGCACAAAAGCAUGGAAUUCCUGUUGGACAAGGAGAAUCAGAAGAAUGUUUUGCUCAAUAACAACUCCAUACCGUUAAAAAAUGCGCAAACACCACAAAGCAAUAACAAUAAAAAACUGACGUGCACAUUUGUUUAUAAACAAAGUGCGUCGAUGGGGAAAAUGGACAAGUGUAAAAACCACAAACAACGAAACACAAAAACCAGCUGUAAAACACCCGCAACAAAUGCUGCAACAGCAGCAAUAACAGCAGCAAAAGCAAAAUCUGAUAAUGAAAAUUAA